AAGUUUGUUUGAUUUAGGAUGCCCCCCCCCCCCCCGCCCUCGGCCCUACAGGGGGGGAUUAUGGCGUCACCUGGGGCCCCUGGGGGGGUGUUAUAAAGCCCCUGUCUGGCCCUCUCCCCUCCGUCAGAGAGGCUAAAAGGUCCACCGGACACUCUGUCUACCCCCCGUCUCUAUACUUCACCAAAAGUUUCCCCCGUCAGUAUCGAUGCCCACCUCCUCUUGACAACGCCUCCCGCCUGAGACCUCCGCCCCACAUCUCCUCACACCUAUGUCUUUGCGGCAGGUGGACAGAGGUGGCAAGCGAACGCAGCUGAGUCGACUUUAACGGCCCGUCGAGUGGAUUCGUCUGUUCUGACCUCAGAGGGAAACCUCCCCCCCCCCCGCCCCUUUUUUUUGUUUUGUUCUUUUUUCAGGACUGAAAAGGUAAAUCCACCUUUUCGAGCCUCACUCUGUUUAUCUUCUUCCUGUAUCUGGUGGAGAGCCUCGACUGAACCGUCACCAUGUGGGAGUUCCGCUCGAUGAAUUUUUGGCGGGCAGUCUUCGCAGAGUUCUUUGGGACCAUGUUCUUCGUGUUCUUCGGCAUGGGCGCCGCCCUGCGCUGGACCACGGGGCCGAACCACGUCCUCCACGUGGCCCUCUGCUUCGGCCUGGCCGCCGCCACCCUGAUCCAGUCGAUCGGCCACAUCAGCGGCGGCCACAUCAACCCCGCCGUCACCUUCGCCUACCUGGUCGGCUCGCAGCUGUCUCUGUUCCGCGCCGUUUUCUACAUGGUCGCCCAGUGCCUGGGCGCCGUGGCCGGGGCCGCCGUGCUGUACGGGGUCACGCCCGGCAACAUGAGGGGCAACAUGGCGAUGAACACGCUGCAGCCGGGCAUCAGCCUGGGCAUGGCUACCACCGUGGAGGUCUUCCUCACCAUGCAGCUGGUCGUCUGCAUCUUUGCCGUCACCGAUGAGCGGAGGAACGGGCGCCUGGGGUCCGCCGCCCUCUCCAUCGGCUUCUCCGUCACCAUCGGACACCUCAUGGGGAUGUACUACACCGGCGCCGGGAUGAACCCGGCCCGCUCCUUCGCCCCCGCCGUGCUCUUCAGGAACUUCGUCAACCACUGGGUGUACUGGGUGGGGCCGAUGAUAGGAGGGGCCAUGGGCGCCCUGCUGUACGACUUCAUGCUGUUCCCGCGCAUGCGGGGUCUGUCCGAGCGCCUGGCCACGCUGAAGGGCAGUCGGCCCCCCGAGAGCGAGACCCAGCAGGACGCCCGCGGCGAGCCCAUCGAGCUCAAGACGCAAGCCCUAUAAACCUGCUUCCUGCCCCCCUUUCUCCAGCUGGGGCGGAGGAGGGAUGAGGGACAAGGCCCCCGCACCACCAGCCCCCCCCCCGAGCUACGCCCCUCCACCUCCACCACCACCACCAUCACCACCACCAUCCAUGUCUUCACGCACCAUCGCACAAGACUAACCCCGAACCCAGACACUCACAUCUUAGACCAACACAUUGAUUCUCCACACGCAGGUCUGCGACCUCCGACCUCAGCACACAACAGGACUCCUCCACCCCCCUCCCCCUCCCCCCCGAGUCCUCGACCUGUAUUCUGAACUGCACAAGUGACCAGAACCUGAACCAGCAGUCCCCUCAGGGGACGAGGGGACCAGGGGACCAGGGGACCAGGGGUUUCGAAGGCGUGGGGGCAGGUGAGGGCGGAGGAGAGGGGAGGGGUUUGGGCAAUAGAGGGGCAACACUCUGGGUUUGUGGUCGUUUCAAGUUGGGUUAGACCAGUGAAGAUGGGCAUAUGCUUUUCAUUAUUCAUCUGAAUUUAUCUCCACUUUUAGUUUUUCCUUUUUUCUUUUUUAAAAAUCUAUCUUAGGUUCAUUUUGUUUUUCUGCACUUCAGACACAAGUCGUGGAUGAUGCCAUUAGAUUUGACCAGGGUUUCACUUUCAACCACUACAUUUUAUCUGUGGGUUUGUUUGUGUGUGUGUGUGUGUGUGUGUGUGUGUGUGGAUACCUCUGCAGAACGUGUGUGUGUGUGUGUGUGUGUGCGAGUGUGUGCGUGAGAGUGAGCGUGUGCCUGUGUGUGCCUGCCAGUAUGUGUGAGCGUGUGUAUAUGUGUGUACGUGUGUGUGUGUGUGUGUGAGAUCAAGUUUGCAGAUACAGAAACUUUUUAUUUCGUUUUUUAUUUUCAUUGCCGCUCUCCUGUUUCGUGCCAGUGACCGUUUUCUCUCGUCACCACUUUUUAAAGACACCACCAUUUCUUUUCUUCUCCUCCCUCACUGUUGGAAAAUUUGCUAUGAAAAUUUCAUUUUUACAAUAAACCAUCUGCUUUUUUUUUUUUUUCCUUUUUGUUUCUGAACCAGCGCAGAUGGCAGAUCUGCUCCAGUGCGGAUCCGCUGUGCAAAACUUUACAUUGAGUCAUUG